CAGUGAAUAUUGUUACUAUGGCCGAGAUUGACGCGGCCAUUCAGGAAAUGUUCUGGGCACCUCAUGUCCAAGUAAUGAAAAGUUACUCUAAGCUGAGUAAAAUCUUCUUAACUGCAAUGAUUUACGAGCUCUAUAAAGGGAUGGGGGAAACUACAUUUGAAAAGUUGGCAAUGACGGUAUCAUGUAUAUGCACAAGCAAUGGAGAAGCGUUUCCUGGUUGGGACACACUUUUGAAAGUUGGCUACAAGAUUGGAGAGUGUAGACUUAUUCUGUGUGAACCUGAAGAUAGGCACAGGUUGCAAAAGUUGCAGCUCAAUUUUUCGAGGUUAGUUUUCUUGCUAACUUUAAGCCAUUAA